AUUAGAGUUCUGUAAGCUUCCAAUAAAGAAAGGAACGCGGUUAAAUUUGUGGGGUUGGGACUGAUUGGAAAGGUCUUUAUUGUUUGGUGUCAAACGAAUGAUGAAACCCCGCCCUUUUUACAGUUUGUGCACACACAAAACUGCGGGGUCAGUCAUUGUCGGACAAUAGUUGAGAGCCCAAAUGAUUACAGAUUUAGUAAAAGGAAUGUAAACACAGACACAAGCUAUGCUGUUUAUUAGUUCAACCUUCCGCCUUUCAACUGUCAAACAUAAAAGUAGCAGAACAACAUGUCUGCUGAAACGUAUCAUUCGCUAUUCAAGCAGCCAUAACAAUAAAAAGGAUGGGGGCCCUUCCGCCGAUAAGUUGAAAGCGAUUCCUUUUGCACAGCAUGUCAAAGCUGCAGAACAGACAUUUCAAGAUUAUCAUGGUAAAGGCUUCUUUUCUGCACGUAUACCAAAAACAAAACUUCCAGAAGAGGUAUUUCUGCCUUUUUGGGUAGUUUCAGCCACAGUGCAUUCAGCUAUAGAACAAGCUCAAGUGGGCAGAAGAGUACUAAAAACACGCUACAAUCCUGCUACAAAGCAGAACGAAACAAGAUGGGAAACAGAAUGGGCAUGGGUACCGCAAAAGCACAGCUUUACACGCGAUUAUAAUCCACUAGGUCACUCAGGAUUGCAAAUCUAUGCUUCACAUCGAUAUCGACGAGGACUUGUCAGCCAUAUAACGACAGGUCCAGCGCUUGAAAAUGCUGUACCGUUUACACCCUCCCUUCUUGAUAAAACGCCAACCCUAGAUAACGACAGCAGUGCAACGCGUAAAGUGGAUCCGUUUUCAAUAUAUCCAGCUACUGCGUUAAGAUUUGCCAAAACAUACAUACAAGAUACGGAAUACAGCUUGGCCGACAAAUUUUUGAGAGAUUUUUACAGCAUGGACGAAACCAGACUUGUCAAAUUGAAUAUUCAAUUGGAGAAUGUAAAAGUGUCACCAGUUUACUACGCUACAUUUAUAUUUACUGUGGAAUACCUGGGAAGAAGAUUGCGGACAUUUAUCAAUGGACACGAUUUAUCCGUGGGUGGUAUUAAGACAUACAACUGGGAAAGGGUAGCAGGCGUUUCAGCUAUUGGUAUGGCAACAACCAUGGCAAUCACUGGUGGCAUAGGUUGGGGAGGAAUCAGUGGCUCUUUUUGGUUGGGAAUUGUUUUACCCACAAUAGCAACAUCCUUCUUAGCAAUGUAUUACCCAAUCCUCUCGCUUUAUGUCAGAGAUAUUCUUAGAGAAAGAGAGAUUAAAUCAAUUGCUCAAGAUCAGAAGAUAUGGGAUGAGGAUUGGGUCAGAGCAUAUGCUGCCUUUGAAGAUCAAGAGAGACGCCGUAGUUGGCGUGAAGAGAGAACUAAUCACUCCUCGUGGUAUGAAAACAAUAGUAGCUAUAAUACUGGCGGAGGUGAUUCCAAAGGAUAUUAUAGAGUUCUCGGUGUAUCACCUUCGGCAACGCAAGCAGAUAUUCAAAGUGCCUUCAGAGGUUUGGCAAUGAAAUAUCAUCCAGAUAGAUUCACGUCAGAUGAAGAAAAAAAGCAAGCAAAAGUCAAAUUUCAAGAAAUAUCAGCUGCUUACAGUGUUUUAAGAGAUGUCAAGAAGCGUAAAAAUUAUGAUAGAACUGGACGCGAAUAAAUAAUCUGUCGGAUGUCAAUACAGACUCGUACCAUUUUUUGAAUAAAGAAGAGCAUA